AGGGCCAAAAAGCAGAAGCAGUGAAGCGAGCAGAGCAUCUACUUCCGGAACUGAGCCUUUCUGGCCUCCGUAGCCGGUGAGAGUCUCAGCAUCUCUGGGAAUUAACCUUUCGUAUUGCUUUUCUGUGGAUCGGAGGCCGUGGGCCUGGUCUGUGGGAACUGCGGGAUAUCCGAGGAUCUGCACGCCGGCUGCACCAUGGUCCAGCUUACUACCACCCUCUGCAAGGCCUACCAUGGCGGCCACUUAACCAUCCGCCUUGCUCUGGGUGGCUGCGCCAACCGGCCCUUUUACCGCAUUGUUGCUGCUCACAACAAGGGUCCCAGGGAUGGUCGUUUUGUGGAGCAGGUGGGCUCCUACGAUCCAUUGCCCAACAGUCAUGGAGAAAAACUCGUUGCCCUGAACCUGGAGAGGAUCCGGCAUUGGAUUGGCUGUGGGGCCCACCUCUCUAAGCCUAUGGAGAAGCUUCUGGGUCUGUCUGGCUUUUUCCCCCUUCAUCCUAUGAUGAUCACAAAUGCUGAGAGACUGCGAAGGAAACGGGCACGUGCAGUCCUCUUAGCUUCUCAGAAAACAAACACAGAGGCUACAGAAACAGAAGCGAGCUGACUUCGGUGAACAUGGCAGUGGUUACAAGGUCAAGAUCUAUAUGCAGAGCUCUUAAUUUUGUUAGGCUUGAAGAACAAUAAAUGGAGUUUUCUGAGUCACU